ACGCGCGCACUCACGCACGAACGCGUGCACUCUCUUACGGACGCACGCACGCACGUACGACCGCCACCGCUGCUACUGUGCGCAGUUGGGGAACGCGAGUGAGGUGAAUUCAACGCCCGCCCCCUCGCCCCGCGUGAGUAGGUUAUGGUACACUAAAAACAACCACGGGCAGCACCAGCGAAUAUCGCGUUACCCACUAGGCAUCAGCUGUAAUGUUCACGGACGAUACCACUUGGUUGUGCCUGCCAAGCCAGCUUUCUCAGUGCCAGCCGUGCAUAGGUCGCCAGAGGAGAUCGCAGAACGGCCGGCACGUGAAUGGCGCAUAUCGAGAAAUGGCCGACCAGGAGGCAUUGGUACACGGAGUAGACGUAACGUGGCAAGGCGGAGACAAACGGCCACUGUGCACACUCUCGAAUGGAACAGCCACUGGACACGACUUCGUGAGCGUGGUGGAACCAGCGGCCAUGAAUUCCGUGGCCGAGCAGAACCACGAGGGCGGCGAUGAGGGCAUCGGCAUGUGUUGCCACGGUGAGAUCACAACGAUCAUCACCAACGGCGACGACACCGGCGACAACAACAACGACGCCGGUCGCGCCGGCGACGACGACUGCGACGCCGACUCCGGAUGCAGCUCUUCCCUGCUUUCCCCGCCGCCGGGACCGCUGUUCAUCAACGUCGCCGACGACUUGAUGUUCUCGGGGAAGUUUCCUGUCAGCCCGAACAGCCCGGAGCAGGAUGAGUUUUGCAUCGACCGCGGGUCGCUAAUACGCAGCUCGUCUCUCAGGACGGCGAAGACGCCGCCGGGAACACCGAGUCGCAAGAAGGCUGUCCGCUUUGCGGACGCCAUGGGCCUCGACCUUGAGUCCGUGCGUCACAUUCUGAAGGGCGACGGGCCGCCGAAGAUACCGGGGCGCGUGAUGGAUUCCUAUCGUUCCGCCGCAGACGAGCCAGCGUCUGGGCCGCUUCUGAAUUUCGAUUUGCUGAUGCCGGCGAAAUAUCUUGCUGCGUCGUUUUCGCAGCCUGGCGCUUCGUUCGGAUUCCUCGAUCGCGUACAGGAGAAGAAGGUGUGUCUAGAGAACUGCAUCGUCAUGGAGAGAACAGCGUCGGUAACAAUCCGCGUGGCUAACAUUGCCUUCCACAAGGCAGUGCUUAUCAAGUACACAAUGGAUGGUUGGGCGACGAGCAGAGAGAGCAACGCCACCUAUAUUACGGGCUCUUGUGAUGGACCGUCAGACCGCUUCACAUUCAGCCUGUCGGCGCCGCCAGGAUUUCCUGUGGGUUCAAAGAUUGAAUUUUGCAUUCAGUAUAUUGCUAACGAUCAAUUCUACUGGGAUAAUAAUUAUGGUGUUAAUUACCAGAUCGAGUGUUAUGCUAGCCAGGUGGGCAAAGGGUUGGACCCUUCCUUGAUGCACUUUUGAUUAGUACAUAUAAUCAGUGUUUUGCAGUGUGCAGUUUCUUUUGUUAGUAAACCGAAUAAUAAGGGAUAUACUCAUAUAGUAGAGACUAGCAACUAUAAAACUGGAUAGUGUUUGCAAGAUUUAUAGAUAACUUCCAGUAUAGAAUAUAGGGGCAACCGUCUAGAUGCCACGUGGUUAUAGUAACAAGUUGGUGUUCUGUGAUAGUUUGUUGUAAUCAGCUGGUAAUGCAGUUUUGUUCUCCUAAGCUUAUGACGUAUUCUAGGUUUUUUGCACUCCUCCAAAACGCCAAGGUCUGUAUUGUAAUCGGGUGCUAAUGAUUGACGAGUAUUUAUAGUUGUAUCCCCAUUUUUAUGCCUGGACAUUAUAUAAAGCAGGCGUUUUACCAGUGGCUGCCUAACGUUACGUUCUUUUAUAUUUCCGAAUGCCUCUUUGUAGUCAGUUUUAUUCAGAUCUGUUUACUGACUGUACAGCUUCGCAAUGCGUAGGCGGAAUUGCACAAAAUCUCACAGGAGACAGAUGCAAGAACUGAACAUAGCUGAUUUGCGAGAGCUAUUUCGGUCAGGCGAAGUAGCUUGAGGGUAAUGUCGGGCCUAGUGCGCGUGCGCGACGAGCAAUAUGUUCGGUACAGUAAGCGCCACUGUACUGGUUAGGGCUCACUCUCGCUUACGCGGUUUUAUUAUUAUGAGCCAAAUGCCAAUUGUAGAUAGGUGGGAUUAAAAUCAAAUAGUAAAUAACUUACUGCGUGACGCGCGAGCUCUGCUAUUUUUAUAACCAUAUUGACUAUUAGGGGGAACACCACUCGGUUGAAUUCACGCGUUGAUUACGUCAAUGAAUUCUAGUGGGUAUAUACUGUCACACGACAGAGCUGCACAUCGUUUGGUGCUAGUUUUGAUGUUUCGGAUUGGUGAGUGGGUGGGGGGAUUAGAAUAAUUAAUUUUAGUCUGUGAUAUUAAAUUUCAUAUAUAAUAUACCCAACCGAAUGUAAUAUGUUAUUAUAAUAUCAUGAGUCUAUCAAUAGACUAUUGAUAGACUCCUGAUAGACUAUUGAUAGACUCCUGAUAAUAUAAUAUAACAGACAGGUAAAUUACUUUUCAACGAGAAACCUCCUAAUUUAGCCGUAUGGGUAGUAAUGUGGAGUUAAUCAGGCAAUAAAUGCAUAAUUGUUUACAUAAGCUGGUUCUGAAUGUUAGUCCGUUUUUCACGUGGAUGUAACGUGUGUGGCAUUAAAGCAGGCAAUAGUGAUCGAGGCUCAAUUGCUUCCCAUGCAGUUCUUUUGUAUUUGCCGUUAUCUGCUGUCUGUGUAAGCUUCUCUGUGCAUGGGUGACGCUGACUACCGUUUCAUACUACGCAUUGCACACACUAGUUGCUAUAGUGUUUAUAAUAACUGCAGGUUGUGUUUUAGCUGUACUCUGUUUGGCACGGGAAUGGCGGUAUCGUGAAGUCAGCGUUUUCGGUAGUGCUGUUUAAUGAUUAAAUCCAUGUCUUUAAAAUAACAUGGAAUGUAAACUAGCAUAUGCACGUGUUUAGUAGUAUAUAGUUAUGAAUAUUGUCUUUAGUUCAUUAAUGACCGAUUAAUUAAUGACGAUAAAUGCGCAAUACUUCCAUAUUGUAACAUAUUUAUGGAUUUCCUGCAUGCGUGAUUACGAUUGUGGUUUGCUGUUACGUGCACCUUUAUAUGGUGAUGGUGAUUCUCAUGUAUCUUUGAUGUUAUAGUGAAUCAAUAUAUCGAUUGGAGUUUGCGUAGAUGUAUAUACGUGUAACACUUAGUAACAUAUCACCUAUUAUAUCACCUGUGACGCGUGUGCAGUGUGCUGACUACCGUGCUACAUACCAACACCUAUUGCAAUGACAGUCUAAUGUCAAGAUAUCAGUAUAUGUUUAGGUAGUACCUGGAUUUAUUCUUGUUGAAUGGAGAGGGUUCAGGGAUUGGGGGGAGAGUUCAGUCUCUCAUUAAUGUACUCCUGAUGUUUCGGUAGCAGGGAGGGGCCGCAAUGAUAGACUCAGGAGUGUCAUAAUAUCAUGCAAGAGUACAUAAUAGAGACAUAAAAGGAGUACAUCUCUAUUAUGUACUCUUGAUAAUAUAUAUCUAUAUUAUUAUGACACUCCUGAUAGACUGGUGCUCUAUGUCGUUACGUUGUUAAUAGAACAGUGAAGAGACAGACCAUCACUGCACCGCAUUAAGGAACGUCCGGUCUAGUUUCGUGUCCACAAUCAGUGUUGACUAUACAUUCUUGAAUUACAACUAUUAGUCACACCAUUAGAAUGCUGUGACAGCUUAUCUAUACACGUAUAUAUGACUCGAGUACGCGCACUUUCAAGAGAGCUACCGCUACAGAGUGUAACUUGCAUUAGGUGCAAUCAGGAGUGCCGUAAUAUCAAGAGCGUAUAAAGAAGGUAUAAGGUAUAAGAAGGUAUAAGGUAUAAGAACCUUCUUUAUACGCUCUUGAUAAUAUAGACAUAAUAUAGAUCAUUAUAUAGACACAUCUAUAUUAUGACACUCCUGGUGCAGUGAUAUUGGAGUUAGGUGGUUGUCAAUGCUAUGACCACAAACCUAAACCCCUUAAUUGUUGAAUGGUUCUUGCGCUUCAAUAUAGUCUUAGACUGUUGUGCGCCUUUUACGUAUACCGUUAGAUACGUUAUCGUGUCGUAUAGAACCCCUUUUACGUAUGUUAACCUAUACGUUAUUUAUCUAAAACGAACAUAGGAUCGGUUGUACAAUAUUGAUGUUUCCUGGCACGGUCUAAUAGCGCUUUUAAUGUACAUGCUCCGAUACCUCCGAUGUAAUCCAAUGAUAUUUAACUGUGAGAUAAAUGCUCGAAAGUUGAGGACUUGCAAUGCCAUAUAAUUUCACGUGCGAUUAGAAGUAUGGAUAUCGAGUAGGUAAGAUUGAUCCCGUGGCGCUUCUGCUGCGGCUGGUAAGACAGGGUAUAGCACUCCGGCAGCUAUAUUAGAGUGCAAGGCCUUUCAGGCGUGCCGUAUAAUAGACAGAACUGGUUGGUGUAAAUGUAUAACAGAGUUUUACGUGAAGUAUAGCCUCGAGAGCUGUCUGGCUAAAUAAAGGCCAAUGAAUGGUUCUCUCGCCUUCUCAGUCCCGGUGAGGUACUGACCGUAACUGAGGUUGAUAUAUGGCAAGGACGUGAGCGUUACAUAUAUUGUUGUGUGGCUUCCUACCUUCGACGUAUAAGGAGUGUAAAAGCUAAUCUAUUUCAUAUUUGCAUACGUCAUAUUAUGAUCUGUAUUAUUGUUGUUAAGCGGGUGGUCGUGGCACUGGUGGUGCACUUCGCGAUGCUCAUAUGCCGAGAAGAAGUUUACGAGAUUUGUUAAGAAGGCGAUGUGAAUAGUGAAUGGGUUGUCGAAUGUUAAUGUUAGAAAGUGUAUAUAAGUUAUGUUAAUGAAUAAACUGUUGUUAUCUGUUGAAAGUAA